AAAGUUUUCGCGCCAAUUAUUUUUAACUUGUCAACUUGUUUUAAACUGCAUAUGUUUUGUGCGUUAUAGAUUAAAAUAUAAAGUUUUUACUUAAACAACCUUAUUAUUGAUUUUUCUCAUUAAACAAUCAUUUGAAAUGGCUAUGCGUGAUUAUGUUGCAGAUAAGGAAUCCUUCAAGAAUUUUUUUAUUGAUUUUUGCCAGACUGAUGAUGAAGGACAUAAAAACUUUAAAUACGCAGAGCAACUUACAAAAGUUGCUCAUAGGGAACAGACAGCUUUUAUUGUGGACUUAGAUGAUCUCCAUGAAGUUAAUGAGGAAUUGGCUGAAGCUGUAAAGUCAAAUACUCGUCGGUACACUAAUAUGGUCUCCGAUGUUGUGUAUGAAAUGUUGCCAGACUAUAAGCAUAAAGAGGUGGCUUCUAAAGACUCAUUAGAUGUGUACAUUGAACAUAGAAUUAUGUUGGAAGCACGAAAUCAUAGAAUUCCAGGAGAGAUGAGAGACCCAAGAAACAGAUAUCCUCCAGAGCUUAUUAGGCGAUUUGAGGUGUAUUUUAAGGAUAUGGCAACUUCCAAGUCCAUACCAAUUAGAGAAGUAAAAGCAGAACACAUUGGCAAACUUGUUACAGUAAGAGGUAUUGUGACCCGAUGCACGGAUGUGAAGCCUCUUCUAGUGGUGGCAACGUACUCGUGCAGUGCUUGUGGCGCGGAAACGUACCAGCCGGUCCGUGCGCUGCAGUUCACGCCGCCGCCUGCCUGCUCGGCUGAUGAGUGCCGCCUUAACAAGACCGCAGGACAAUUGCACUUGCAAACCAGAGGUUCUAGGUUUCAAAAAUUCCAGGAAUUGAAAAUUCAGGAGCAUUCAGACCAAGUGCCAGUGGGGCACAUUCCGCGACAGCUGUCGGUGUACUGCCGCGGCGAGACGACCCGUCGCGCGCAACCUGGGGACCACGUGGCCGUCAGUGGAGUCUUCCUGCCGCUUUUUAGCGUUGGCUUCAAGCAGAUUGUGCAGGGGCUGCUCUCGGAUACAUACCUUGAGGCUCAUAGUGUGACUUGCCUGAACCAAAGUGAUGAGAACGAGAUUUCUGAAGCCCUCACUGAGGAAGAGUUGGCAGAGUUGUCUGAGGAGGAUUUGUAUUCGAGAAUGGCGCAGAGCUUGGCGCCAGAGAUAUAUGGCCAUGAGGAUGUGAAGAAAGCACUACUACUGCUGCUUGUGGGCGGUGUUGACAAGCGGCCUAAUGGCAUGAAGAUUCGCGGUAACAUCAAUAUUUGCUUGAUGGGUGACCCGGGAGUGGCCAAGUCUCAGUUGCUGAACUACAUCGACCGUCUCGCGCCACGCUCUCAGUAUACCACUGGACGCGGCUCUUCCGGCGUCGGUCUCACAGCUGCCGUUAUGAAGGAUCCGUUUACUGGGGAGAUGAUGUUGGAAGGAGGAGCUCUAGUUCUGGCUGAUCAGGGCGUGUGUUGUAUCGACGAGUUCGAUAAGAUGGCAGAAAUUGACCGCACAGCUAUACACGAGGUCAUGGAGCAGCAAACUAUUAGUAUCGCAAAGGCGGGUAUAAUGACAUGUCUGAAUGCCCGCGUGUCGAUAUUGGCGGCGGCGAAUCCCGCGUACGGAAGGUAUAAUCCGAAGCGUUCCAUCGAGCAGAAUAUACAGCUGCCAGCAGCGUUACUGUCUCGGUUCGAUCUGCUGUGGCUCAUUCAGGAUAAACCCAAUAGGGAUAAAGACUUAGAGUUGGCAAAGCAUAUAGCGUACGUACAUCAGCACUCGCAGCAGCCGCCGACGUCGCGGCGAGCGCUACCCAUGCGGCUCGUUCGCCGCUACGUCGCACUCACGCGCCGCAAGCAGCCCACCGUGCCGCCGCAUCUCGCCGACUACAUCGUCUCGUCGUAUGUCGAGAUGCGUCGCGAAGCACGUAACGCGCGGGAUGUGACGUUUACGUCCGCCAGAAAUCUGCUCGCUAUACUGCGUUUGUCGACAGCAUUAGCACGUCUCAGGUUAUCUGAUGUGGUGGAAAAGGAGGAUGUGUCGGAGGCGAUCCGCCUUGUGGAUAUGUCGAAACAAUCUUUACAGCAUGUCGAAGAUAAUGUUCAGAGGGGCAUAAGUUCUAUGGACAGAAUCUUCGCGAUUGUGCGCGACCUGGCCGGCUCGAGCCAAACUGUAAAAAUUGCGGACGUAAUUGAGAGAUGCGUGGACAAAGGAUUUAAACCUGAUCAAGUGGAUGCGUGCAUCGAGCAAUAUGAAAACUUGAAUGUAUGGCAAGUAAAUCAAGUUCGGACGAAGAUUACUUUUAUGUGAAUCCAUGUGUUUGAUCCUAUUUGUAAGAAAUCAGUACUUGAAGUGAAGUUUUUAAUUUACUUUUAAUUUUUCUAAACACAGUACAAGCUAUACAUUUUUUUUUUGCGUUAGGCAAAACUUCGCUCCGGGUACUGGGUUUUUGAUUUGAAAGGCCAUCAUUUUUUAGUGGAAUCUCAUAUCAGAAACUAAAAUAAAUUGUGCCUGUACCUUGUGUAAAAUACAAUUGUGCCUGAUGUUUACUAUUUUGAGUGAAUAAUACAUAAUAUUCUUAAUAUAACUGAUUAAUAAGGUGUAUUUUGAUGAAUAAAAAUGUUUUAAUUAUA